GUUCCCAUUGCACCAAAUUUUCAGCAUGAUGACUUUGGGUAUGAUCGUCGCUGCCGUGGUCGUUCAAGGCCAAACCACCAAUCAUGGCAACAUGGGGGUGUGCUGGGACGCGUUUAACAGCGACGCCAUGGAGCCUCAGUUCCGUCAGUUGGCGCCCGUGUUCAGCUCUGUGCGCACGUUUGUCGCCCAAGCGUGGAACCAAAACGCAGCGGACGUGGCGGCGCGGUCGGGGCUCACGGUCGCGUUAGGGUUGUGGAUUCAACACGGCAACUACGAGAACGAGAUCACGAACGCCAUCGACGGAGCCUUGCGGAACCCGGGCACUGUCGACGUCAUUUACGUCGGCAACGAAGAGCUGCUUGUGGGCUGGACCCCGUCCAAGCUGUUGCCGUUCAUUCUGGACGCCAAGCGCAGGGUCCAAGAAGCCGGUUUAGUCGAUGUCAAGGUGGGUACAGUGCAAAUCGAUCGCGACUUUUACAUGUACCCAGAAGUCGUCGACGCGUGCGACGUCAUCGGGGUCAACAUCCACCCAUUUUUCAACGGCGCACCGGCGGCACUGGCCGAUCCAUUUCAGUCGUUUGCCAAUCAUUUCUCGUGGCUGGCGGGCAAAUACGGCCGGGAUAAAGUCCGCAUGACCGAAACGGGGUUUCCGAGCGCAGGGGGGGCCAACUUGGGGCACGUGGCAUCGUUGGAGGCGGCGACGGCGUUCUUCCAGCGCUUUCAAACGUGGACGCAAGUGGUGCAGACCCCCACACCGUACUACUUUAUGCUCCAAGAUACCCCCGCCAAGUUGGGCUUUGGAUCGGAUUUUGAAGCAUAUUUUGGCUUGCUCAACAACCGCAGCGAGUGGAAGUACCCGAUGCUGUCCACCGAUCGGUCAGAGGCGGUGUCUAUCUUUACGUCGCGGGGGCAGGCGCUGAUUGUCCUCAACGACAACGUGUACGCCAGACGUCCGACACACAGCAUCAACGAAAAGUUCACGUAUAAUGCUCAGACCCAACAAUUUACAAGCUUGGGCAACAACCAGUGCCUGGAUGCGUACCGAGACGACGGCGCCCCCGGGGGGUUCAAAGUCCACACGUAUGCUUGUGAUCCCAACAAUUUGAACCAAAAAUGGACGUUUGGCGCAGAUAACUACCUGUACCAUGCGUCGCACCACCGAUGUUUGGACGUGGAUGUCAACGUACUGCAGCUGUGGCCGUGCCACGACCACAACGUGAACCGCAACCAAUGGUUCAGCCACGCGUUGCAAGUCCAGCUAUUUACGUCGUUCAAGUCGGCGUUGACGAGUAGUACCUCGAGCGGCGGUUUGGGGGUGGCCCCCCUGGUGACAACCGGGGGAGCAGGGGGGGAAGGAGGCAACCAGCCCCCGACUCAACUGUUUUGGUGGGACUCCAACACCAAAGCGCUGCAGAGUGACGCUGACCUGUCGCAGUGCGUGGACGCGUAUGCCGCCACGUCCAGGUCGUUUCAAAUACACAUGUAUCCGUGUGACGCAUCGAAUGGCAAUCAAAAGUGGAAGUUGGACGAUGUCACACACCGAGUGUUUCACUUGACACACGCCAAAAAGUGCUUGAACGUGGUGGGGACGUCGGGCAUUGAGCUUGUCGACUGCAUCAACAACAACGUCGCCAUACCCACCACCCAACGCUUUAGCCUCGACCGCGUGGGGGAGUGUGCUCCCGUGGAACAAAACGUCAACUUCCAUGGCCAAGACAUUUUUGCAGUCGACGGCGCAGUCCCCGCCGACUGCUGCGCGCCAUGCCAGGCCCACCCCGCCUGCCACGCGUACACGCACUCGAACGGCCGAUGCUAUCUCAAGAAGCUCAGACAAAUCAACGGCACGGGCCUCUGGCCGGGCGCGACCUCGGCGGCCGUUCAAAAAUGCGCGCCGCUCCAGCGAGCAUCGGACUUUAGUGGCAACGACGUCGGGUCUGUUGUGGCGCCGAGAGCUGAAGACUGCUGCGCGCACUGUCGGCUGAAUGUCAACUGCCUCGCGUUUACGUGGGUGGGCGGCGUUUGUUAUUUGAAGUCCGGGGUCGGAACAAUCGUGAUCAACAGCCGAGCGACGUCGGCCACGGUGGUGUAAGGAGACAGCGUGUCUGGUUUGUGUUUACUAGAGGUGUUUGUACAAACGAAUGUACCAUCAAGAAUAGCACUGAUGAUUCACAUACGUACUGUACCGGGAGGCUGCGGGAAAUGGCGAACGUAUAGCCACCCUCGGCGACAUAAACGUAAAGUAUCUAUAUAGACGAAGG